CAAAACCCCGCCGCAGAAAGGAAUCCUAAAACCCUAACUUACCACCCCCUUCCUCCCCCCCACCACACCGACCAAUGGCGCCGCGCGGCAACCGCAGCAGCAAGAAGCCGCCGCCGCCGCGGGGCAAGGGCAAGGGCAAGCGCCCCUCGUCCGCCGCCGCCGGAGACGACCCCUUCUUCGAGUCGGAGCCCAAGCGCCGCCGCGCCCGCGCGGACGAGGACAUCGAGAGCGGGGACAGCGACGACGACGCCCUCGCGCUGGGCGGCGCCGUCGUGGGCGAGGAUGAGGAGGAGGAGAAGGAGGACCUGGAAACGGCCGGGGAGAAGAGGUUGCGGAUGACCAAGGAGUACCUGGAGAGGAUCACCGACGCGGUGAAGAGGAACAAGGAGGAAGAGGAGGAGGAGGACGACGAAGAUGACGACGAGGAUGAUGGUUUGCCCGGGGGGAGGCGGGUCGCCAAGCUCCUCCGGAAGAAGCAGCUCGUGGAGAGCGGCAGGCAGCGCCUGAGCCUUGCCGCAAGGGUGUUACCGCCGGGACAGCAGGAUGGAUUCAAAUUUAUAGCCAAGCACCGGCAGCCAGUGACUGCCGUUGCUCUGUCUAAGGACAGUGACAAGGGCUUUUCGGCGUCCAAAGAUGGAGUUAUCCUCCAUUGGGAUGUCGAGACCGGGAAAAGCGAGAAGUAUUUGUGGCCAACUGAAAAGGUGUUGGUUUCGCACCAUGCUAAAGCUCCUCUGUCUAAAAAGAGAAGCCAGCAGGUGCUUGCACUGGCUGUUAGUUCCGAUGGGCGAUACUUGGCCACUGGUGGCUUCGAUAGGCAUAUCCAUUUGUGGGAUGUUCGAACACGGGAGCACAUACAGGCAUUCAGUGGACAUAGAGGGCCAGUAUCCUGUCUUGCUUUUGGCCUGGACUCUUCGGAGCUAUUCUCUGGUUCUUAUGAUCGUUCAAUAAUGCAGUGGAAUGCUGAAGAUAGAACAUACAUGCACUGCCUAUAUGGUCAUCAAGGUGAAAUAUUGACAACUGAUGCACUCAGCAAAGAUAGACUUCUGACUGUAGCACGGGAUAGAACAAUGCAUCUUUGGAAGAUACCGGAGGAGUCACAGUUAGUCUUUCGCGCGCCUGCUGUGUCUUUGGAGUGCUGCUGUUUUAUCGAUGACAAGGAAUAUUUGUCUGGAUCAGAUGACGGAAGCCUCGAGCUUUGGAGUGUUAUGAGAAAGAAGCCUACUCACAUAAUAAAAAAUGCCCAUCCAGCAUUAGCUCCUAGUUCACUUGACAGUGCUGAUGAAAAGUUGCCCAAAGAAAAUGGAAUUUGUAAGCCUCAAAGCCUUUCAUCAGCUCAUUCAUGGAUUAGUGCUGUUGCUGCAAGAAAAGGUUCUGAUCUGGCUGCGUCUGGAGCAGCAAAUGGUGUUGUUCGCCUUUGGACAAUUCAACCUGAUUCAAAAGGGAUGCAGCCAUUGUUCGACUUGCCACUGGAUGGCUUUGUCAAUUCUCUUGCAAUAGCAAAAUUGGGACGCUUCAUUGUUGCUGGUGUUGGCCGAGAACCUCGUCUUGGGAAAUGGGGCCGUGUCGCAACAGCAAAGAAUGGGGUUGCAAUUCACCGGCUUAGUCUACAAGAUGACUCUGAAGAUUUGUAAGGUAGAUAGCCUGUGCAUUGAGGAACACCCUGCGGCUUGUUCAUACACUGUCAAGACGAAAAAAAUUGUACCAACACCAUGAGUGUCAGUCACACUUGCAGCUGAAAGAUACAGGAAGGUUGAACCGCAAGCUUCACGCAUGCUAUAGUUCUAUGAUGCACCAGCUUUACCGUUUGGUUCAGUGAAGCAAUUUCUGUGUGCAAGCACGGAUGGAGAGGUGUUGGAAUGAUUGGAUGUAGAAUGCGUGAUUUCUGGGGAAUGUCAUGUCCAGUUUUCUUCUCUGUUUCCAUUGUAGACGGCAGGUGCAGGUUUGAAACCCUAUUCUUUUGCGCCCUGCCUGAAAUGAUUGUCACAGGAAAUUGUUGAGGUAGUUUUUUGCAGGGAAACAUUUUUGUGGUUUUGGCUUUGGCGGGAGACAUUCUAUGUAAUAGCAAAUUUUGAUGGCUGGUAGCGGUCUUUGGUGAAACUGAAA